UGGAGUCGAUGUCAACAAAGUAAAUAAUUCCAGACGACAACCGCAGCACCCUUCCAUUCGCUUCAUACCCUCAAGGACUUCUGUCGGGCUGACCAGUGUCUGACUGCUGCCCUAUGGACUCGACUUGUGCGAGGCACUUGUGAGCCAUGGACAAGUAUUUGCGGACAUGGAGACAAGAUGCCUUGAACAAGGGUCAACAUGAUGCUGCAAUUUAUAUCGGUGAUAAAGUCCUCGCCUUGACCAACAAUGAUGCCGACGCUUUCUGGCUAGCCCAAGUACAUUUUGGAAACAACAAUUUCACGCGUGCCCUCGCCCUACUAUCACGAAAAGAUCUCAUCACUCGAAGCCUGUCAUGCAGAUAUCUGGCUGCUCACUGCUACAUCAAACAAGGCAGAUAUGAUCAAGCCCUUACGAUUCUGGGGGAGGACAACCCUACACACCUAAUCACUACCUCCCACAAUGCUCGGAGGAAACUUGCACAUAUCAACGGUCAUGGUCCGAAAAAUGUUACUCAAAGAGGCGGCAAGACUCAAAGAGACCGCAUAGAACUCAGCGAGGAACGGGAGCGAGACAGGGAAUCAGAAAAAGAACUCAAAUUUCAGGCGGGCAUGUGCUAUCUUCGAGGGCUGUGCUUCGCGAAACGAAAUGCCUUUGACCGAGCAAGAGACUGUUACAAGGAUGCAGUACGAAUAGACGUACAGUGCUUCGAAGCCUUCGAACAGCUCAUGAAGAACUCGAUGCUGACCCCUGCUGAGGAGUUGGCGUUCUUGGAAGACUUGGAUUUCGAGUCCAUCCGGAUUGACGAUCAGUCCCUGGCACAGGAAGCUGCACAUUUCACCAAGCUGCUAUACACGACUCGACUGUCCAAAUACUCCUCGCCUGCCACUCUCGCAAACGCCACAGAGACCCUCUCGACCCAUUACAACCUUGCCUCGAAUCCCGACUUAUUACUCACUCGUGCGGAGACUCUUUAUACACAAUGCCGAUUUCACGAAGCUCUGGCAAUCACGACCAGCAUUCUGAACUCCCAGAACAACGCCGACAAUGCAAUAGACACCUCAUCAAGUAAUACCAAUGCCUCUCUCGGUCACAGUCCCCGCCUAUAUCCGCUGCACCUCGCACUCCUCUACGAGACUGGAUCACAUAACACCCUGUUCCAUCUCUCCCACACUCUGUCAACCCACGCGCCCCAUGAGUCCUACACCUAUCUCGCCAUUGGCACCUACUAUCUGUCCACCUUUCGAAUAGCGGAAGCUCGUCGAUUCUUCUCAAAGGCAUCAUUGAUGGAUCCACAUUCUGCUGCAGCUUGGAUUGGGUUUGCGCACACAUUUGCUGCGGAAGGCGAACAUGAUCAAGCGAUUGCGGCAUAUUCCACCGCGGCGAGGUUGUUCCAAGGCAGCCACCUGCCUCAGCUCUUUCUCGGGAUGCAGCAUCUUGCUCUGAACAAUAUGCAACUCGCGUGGGAGUACUGUCUCGCCGCAUUUGAGAUGAGUAGUGGGGCAAUCAAGAACGGCACAGAUGAGGAUCUCGGGACCAGGAUAUUCAACAACAGUAGUAACGUUGGUGGUGACCCUCUGGUGCUUAACGAAGUCGGCGUCAUAUUGUAUCACCAAGCCAACCUUGGAGCCGCUGCGAAACUCUUCCUCAAGGCUCUUGAGCUGGCUUCGGAGCUGGGUUGUAACAUGAGCGCCUGGGUCGCAACAAGAGCCAACUUGGCGCAUGCACUCAGACGCUUGGGGAGAUUGAAGGAGUCCCUUGCCGAGUUUGACGAGUGCCUUAGAACCGCGACAGGCGGAGCUGCUCCAGCUUCAGCGUUUGAGCCAGGUCGUGGCAUGACAGCGUUCGCCAACCUUAGCCUUACUGGAACAAGCACUGGUCUGAGCCCAAGCGGUGCCGCCAGUGGCUAUGACGAGCGAAACCUGAUCGGAAGCAUUCACACAAGCCGAGGACUAGUCCUACUCAGCAUGGGUGGCAGAACAAGAGAGGCUGUGAUGGCUUUGCAUGAGGCUGUCCGUGUUCUCGGUGGAGAUGCUGGUGGAGGUGGUGUAGCAGGCACACUGCUGAGUCGUGCUAUGGAGUUCUGGGCUCUUGAGGACGAUCUCGAACUCGAGGGCACUGAGCCUGUGAUCCAACAACAAGAGUCUGCCGAAACACCAAAAGGGGCACUAAGAUCCAGACGAAAAGGCAAAGAAGCUGUUCCGUCCGGCGCCUUAGCGACUGCGAAGCAUGUAAAUAAUGACCGCAGGAUCGAGGAUAGAAUGGACGGAGAUGCUGACGACAUGCUCGAUGCCGCUCUGGGCGCCGUGACGACUAAUCACCUGGCGAAGUCUCACCUUGACCAAAUUCGGCGCGCAUAGGAAGACAAGGCUCGCCGAGAGUUGAUCCCGGCAGCUUUCCUUUCCACCUGUCAGGCCUCUGAAGAGCGAUGAAGCCGAUCUGGUCUCAAGAAGGUCACGAGGUACCAGCUCUUCUGCACGUUUGAAACCAGGUUGAUGAGAAUCACCACUUGGGUGGCGGCUUUGGAUACCGAAGUCGGUCAGGCCGACCUGAGUACCCGGACUUUGGUGUCCAUGCUGGCUGCCAGCUCUAGCACUCAGAGGUUUUGUCUAAGAGUAUGACUUAUGAAUAAGCGUUCGACGUCAGGGCAGGUAGAUAAACAGUAACAGGCCACGUAACAUGAGGAAUUGAACGAUCAAGUCCAGACAAGACAAUAGGUGGCUCAUGCUGCGUGACCGAGAAAAUGCCAAAAUGUAUUUACAGUAUAUUGUGUUGCCCAAAUUACAGGCAACCCUUGAUUCUGUGUAACAUUAUACAUGACGCCGAGCUCACCGAGUCUUCCACGCGA